CGAGCCUUUUGUGUACUCAAUACUCUACGUCUGAAGACCCGAGGCUCGACCCUUGUGGGCUCGACAACCCUUUGAGUUUCGUUCACCCCCACAAGGGAUCCUUCGUCUUCUAAUUACGUUCAGCCCAUGAGAGGGAGCAACGGCUGGACUUGAAAGAAGAGAGGCCGAGACCCCUGUGGUUUAUCGCAGGCGGGGACGGGCUUAAGCUCACCUUCGUGCACUGGCUAUGGGUGUAGAUUCAGAGUGUAGUUGGGGGAGUCAGAGGAGGCUAGGGUGGCGAUGGACCCGUCAAAAGUCAAUGCAUUUGUGGAUUGGCUGCAGCCCCAUUCGGCCCGUGAGGUUCGGGGAUUUUUAGGUCCAACAUGAUAUUAUAGGCGGUUUGUGAGGGAGUAUUUAUUGCAUGUCCAAUCACGGGUCUCUUGAACAAAGAAGCACCAGUUCAGUUUGUUUGGCCUCUAGCGGCCGAGGAGACGCUUCAAUGCUUUAAGAAGGCAUUGACUGAGGCACCCGUGUUAGCUAUGCCCCAGUUUGACCGCCAGUUUGUGGUAGAAUGUGAUGCGCCCGACCCCAGUGUUGGGGCAGUACUCAUGCAAGAACGACGGCCUAUUGCUUAUUUCAGCCCAUGAAAGAGAAAUGAUGGGAUUAGCCUUAGCAGUUCAUACAUUGGCGACCAUAUUUGAUUGGGCGGCAGUUUGUGGCUCGUACUGAUCAUCGCAACCUCAAACAUCUUCUCGCUUAGCGCUUAGCAACACCAGCACAGCUAGUUUGGUUGGUGAAAUUGCUAAGGUAUGAUUUUGUGAUCGAGUGUAAGACAAGCAUCUCAAAUGCGGCUGCUGACGCCAUUUCAAGAAGAGGAGAGGAGGCCAAUUUGGCUGCCGUUGGUGGGCCUGAGUGGUUGGGAUUGGCUGAUGUGGAAGAAGAGCAGAAGAGGGACAAUUCUUUGCAAGAAAUUGUGUACACACUAUUGGUGAACCCGACUCGUAAGCCGGGUUAUGAAUUCAUGGGAGGUCGUUUGUUCUAUAAAGGCCACUUGGUGUUGGCUCCAGAUUCUAAGUGGAUCCCUCGCUUGUUGAAGGAAUUUCAUGACACACCGACAGGAGGUCACGCAGGUGCUUAUUGCACCUACCGAAGGUUUGCUAUGAAUGUAUUUUGGAGGGGCAUGUUUCAUAGACUGCUACAACCAUUGCCCAUUUCCGACCUGAUUUGGGAAGAUAUCUCAAUGGAUUUUAUUACUUCCUUGCCCAAGUCAAAGGGGUACACAUAUGUUCUGGUGGUAGUCGACCAUUUGUCCAAGUAUG